AUGUCCCGUAAGAGAUCCUUCAACUCUAGUGUGGCCCAGACUACUUCAGUCCACGACGAGAUGCCACGUUACGCUAACGUCCUGUGCUGUGUCUGUGGUGCAUCGAUGACACCGAACCAGUCGAAUAUGUGUGUCAACUGCAUGAAGGGCGAGGUGGACAUCACCGAGGGCAUCUCUAAGCAAGCAGUGGUCAACUACUGUCGAGAAUGCAACCGAUACCAGAGGCCCCCGUGGGUACCCUGUGAGCCGGAGUCCCGUGAGCUCCUGGGGAUUUGCCUGAAGAAGAUCAAGGGGCUCAACAAGGUGAAGCUGGUAGACGCCAACUUUAUCUGGCAGGCCCCGACUAGCAAGCGAAUGAAGGUGAAGUUGACUGUUCAGAAGGAGGUCAUGAACGGCGCUGUCAUGCAACAGUCGAUGAUAGUCGACUUCAUCGUCGCUUGGCAACAGUGCGAUGAUUGUAAACGUACGUACACCCCGCAUACGUGGAAUGCAUCG